AUGCCCCAAGCAGAGAGGAAAAUGCUGUACUCAUAUCUUAAAGGUCAGGAGGAGGAGGAGGUGGUGGAGGAGGAGGAGGAGUGCGAGCUCGCUCCCCCGCGGAGCCGGCACGGGAACGAGGGCACCGGGCACCGUGCAGCCAGAGCCCCGGGAACCGGUCCCCCGCCACCAUUUUCGGGCCCGGCGGCCAUCGGGCGCUCGGACUCCAGCGCCCUGCGGGAGCCCGCCGCUCCGCCCCGGCGCCCCAACCCCCAGCUCCUGGCACUCGCCGCGGCCCGGGACGAUCGAUCCAGCCCUCGGGUCCCGGGUGCCGCGACGCCCGAGUGCCUGAGGCCCCGUGCUCGACGACACUGCAGCCCCUCCCGCCUGCCCUCCUGGUCCUGGGAGCCCGCGCCCGCUCCGUGCCCGCCGCCCCGCGGUACUUACGGGCUGCUUCUGGGCCGCGGCCGGCGGGGGCGGGGGCGAGGGCGUGGAGGGUUAGGGCGGCCGGGUGGCCGAGUGCGUGACGCCGCCGCCGCAGCGGACGGGGACGGGGACGGGGACGCGAACGCGAACGGGGCCUGGGCGGGCCUCGGGAGCGCUGGCUUGGGCGGCGGGGACGGGGUCAGGCGAGCGCGCUCACUUCUUCACACAGCCGGGUGCCCGGCCCAGCGUCCCCGUACCGCGUGCUACUGCGCCGGGCCAGAGCUUCACUCCUUCUGCUGCGGCGCGCGCCCCGCCUCUCCUUUUAUAGUCUCCUCCCUGUUUCCCCCCUCCCUCUCCGUGGGGGUGCGCGCUCCCGCUCGCGUCACACAGCUCGGGACUGCGAAACCUUUCCCCGCCCUCCCAGCUCCACACCCAGGGCCUGCGCCGGCCCGCCCCUCGACGCCAUUGGCCAAGUCCCGCCUGCCCACGUCUUGCCAGGCGGUGCCGAGCUGGAUGGAACAGAUCACACCCCAGUGCUCCGAGAUGGCCAAUAAUUCCACGCAACAGCAGACAUUCAAGUUCCGGUUCAACCAAGAAAACCCUGGAAGUAUCAGUACAGCUCUCUUCUGUCUGGCACGGUGUCCCUAGCUGUCAUUUCUACCUGCAAACUGCUUCUCCAUCUCAUCCAGAGAGUCUUCUACUUUCUUUGUGGCUCUGGGUAUUGAAUCCAGGGCCUUAUGCAUGAAAGGUAAGAGCUCUGCUGCUGAGUGACACCUCCAGCCCAGCCACGGCCACACAGAGCCCAGCCUCU